CAAACCUCUCCCACAUUCCACCCGCACCACCACACAGCUUCCACACUACGCGCACAGCUCCUCUCACAGACUACCAUCUUCUCGGAACGUGCGCAAAGACUCAGAACUGCCCCUGCUCUUCCCUGUUACUCUGACGCGGGCGCGUCUACCUGAUCUCUCUACGCGGAGGGAAGCUGCGCUGUCGCGCGACCUUCUCUUGCACCCUUGUAUAUCGUUCGUUGCGCAGGAGGAGUGCGCGCGCCUGCUUUCUGUUCAUAUAAGUUACGUGUCGUGGGAGCUCUGCCGCCACCGACUUGCUACAAGUUGCUUGCCGCGGGGGCGGAUUCAGUUAGAAACGUGAACUCAUCACAUCAUCCUCACCUGAAUUGAACACUUGUUCGCCUCGAUAAUAUUGCUACGUCUGUAAAAACCAUGGCCGACGAAGUCAGACGUUCUGGCCGCGCGAACAAAGGCCAUCAUACGAAGAAUGCCGACGCUCUCGAUGAAGCCAUCCACAAGCCGAAACCAAAACCCAAGGCAGAGAAGAAGGCGCCAACGCCAGCAGAGACGUCCCGCGCCCAGUCCGCAGCAUCAGGGGAAAUGGAUGAAGAGGAUGAUGCCCUCUACCGCUGUGUCUGUGGAGACCAACGAGAGAUUCGGGGCCGUGAAAUGAUCAUGUGCGACAAAUGCGAGGCAUGGCAGCACAACAAGUGUUUGGGCCUCCCGGAUAGCUCCUACUGGGUCGACAAGGCAUACCUGUGUGAAAGGUGCAAGCCGGAAGAUCAUGCCGAGCUUCUCGCCGCUAUGGCACGCGGAGAGAAACCGUGGAAUCGUAAGAAGGGCUCAAAGGCUCCAAGGCCCAAGUUCCGUCCCAGCGACGCCGGAUCAGAGGCCCUCCAGGCGACGACAGGGACACCGACUCCUCACCCCACCAAAGAACAGCACUUGGGAUCCGAACCUACUCCAGCCACCGCGGAAGAGGCGCCAAAGCUAACCAAGAAGGUAUCCCCCAAGAGCCAACCUCAAUCCCCGUUGGGCGGGAAACGAUCCCAUGAAGCUGUCGCGGAGGCCGAGGGUACCAGUGCUAAGCGCAGAAAAUCCAGCACGCAUCAUCAACAGGGCCCACCUUCAGCGGCUGCUGCAAGCAGUGCUGAUGCUCUUUCAGAGAAGCAGCGCCUGAUCACGCAGUCUCUAAUAAACCUGCUUACGCCGAUCAUCACGCAGGUUACUGAUUCUGGGAGCUACCGGAUACCAGACGGUGACACUGCUUCGUCUGUAGCCUCACGUUUUGCCCUGGAGAUAGACCGCGCAGUAGCCGCGCACUGGGGAUUGCCCACGGGCAACGACUCUCCAUAUGCCCAGCGAUUUCGGCAGAUCACCUCCAACCUCAAACGCAAUCCUGCGCUUGUCGAUCGCUUGCUUAAGAUGUCACUUUCAGCCAACGACCUUGCGACCAUGCCCGUCGAGGAGAUGGCAAGCGAGGACAAACAGAGGGAAUAUGCUGCCAUCAAGGAGGCGAGCGAGAGGCAGAUGGUGCUGACCGACGAAGCCGGUCCGCGACUGCGCAAGACACACAAGGGCGAAGAACUUGUCGGAGAAGAAAACAUGGAUGCAGAGCCAGAAUUCAGGCCCCCGGAGCCUCGCCCUAGGCCAAGUGUUGACGAAGAGAAGUCGGAAAUGCAACCAUCCUCUCGGGAAGAAGGCGGUCAUGUGGUUGAACUUCCUGAGAGCGUAGCCCGCGGCACCCCUCUUUCCGUCGAGAUAAAGAGUCCGACAAGCCAGGAUGACAGCGUUCGCCGACCUUCGACUACCUUCGAUAUCAACUCAGUCUUUGACAAGGUGAAGUCACCGCAACAUGAUCAACAAACAUUCUUGCAUCGUCGGCAAAGCUCCAUUAAGCCUCAGCAAACGCCUCAAGGGGGCCCCGUUGUGGACGCUGACAUUGACCGACUGCUAAAGGACGAGGACGAGGACGCGGACAUGGGUAGCUCCUCGGACCCAACCAUCAUCUGGCGAGGCGUGGUGGAAUUGCAGCAUUUCCGAUUCGAGGCCGUGGCACGCUGUGUCGCGGGCGGCAACUUUGGCAAUGUCAUCCCAUGGAACCAGCUGUUGCCACCAAAACUACCCAUCAAAGGUCGUUUUGAAGCCACAGUUGGUGACAACUAUAUCUCCAGUUUUGCCACAUUGAGUAGGGAACAGCCCGAAACAUGCCCAGAUGUCAGCGUGCUUGCACUCUCGCCUGUCGCUCCCGCGGAUGACCCUGGCUUUGAAGGCGUGGUCAACUACUUCCUAUCGAAGAAUCGCUGGGGCGUCAUUCCCCCAGAGCAUUUUACACACGGCAUGUUGCAGGAUAUGUACAUCAUACCCCUUGAGGCUGGGGGUAGUCCGAUGCCCGGCUUUCUCGACCUCCUAGAGGAAUGCUACAUCGAGGCUAUUCGCGACAACCCCAUGCUUCUCCUCGCCCUGAUAGCGAAAAGACUUCUGCGCCACGAAAAUGAACCGGAAGCCAGUCAAGCAUCAGAACAUCCGACCACCGUAACAUCGAGCGGAAACCAGCCGUCCCAUUCCGCCACUGCGCCUCACCCUCCGCCGGUGGUGAACCAGCAGACUCCGCAGUACUCGCCUGUCCAACCAGGCCUAAGUCAAGGGGCUCCAUUUGGCGCUCCGCAUGCUCCUCCCGCGUCGACGGGGCGCAAUCCUGCGCUCAUGCAACCAGCACUUGGUUAUUCGCAACAACACGCCGGUAGCAACGGACACUACGUUCCUCCUCAGCAAGGUUUCCCUCCUCAACAACACCAUCAACCGUACCAGCAACAACCGAGCCAAGAGGCUCCACCCGUUCAACCGCCGCAAUAUGCUCAGCAACACUUCAACCCCAAGGCCCUAGAAAUCUUUGGGGAAUACAUCACUUCCCCCGUGAUAGCUCAGUUCCUCUCACACGAACCCAACAUGGCCGAAGAGGCUAUGCGCAAUCUACGGCAUAUCCUGGAGAUUGAUCCUGCGGCUCGAAACGACAUGACUGUGGUAGUUCGACAUUUGCACACGCAAGGGCAGCAGGGAGGAGCGCCGCAGGGAAACGGCGUGUAGUCAAAUGCUAGACUUAUAAAAGUUGGAAGGGUGGUCUGAUCGGCUUAGCCUUAGGCUAUGUUAUAUGUAUUUUUGUUCUUUUCUCGUUUCUGGGUCUGUUCUGCUGCGGUAUGUAUGCAUGCAUGCUGGCGAUGUAUUUGAUAAAUUGAGUGUGUGGUUUUCACUGUGUCUCUGAUGUUCGUGCAUCAUGGUGAUCUUGUUGGACGUGUACUGCACCCUCUCAUAUCUGAACUGAAG